GCAUCGCGUGCACCAGAUUAUUCAGUUGCAUCCUCCUUUUAUUUGGCGCGUUUUAUCAGUGCCGUUCACGUUUCUAAACUCGUUUGUAAAGCCGUUUGUAAAGCCGUUUCUGAACCGAUAACGUCCGAUAGAGAAGAAAUCACAACGGGGGUUAUCGUGUAUCGUCGUAGACACCCUUAAACCUUUUACGCUGCGACUUUCGAUCAUAAUAUCGAGCACUUUGCUGUUUGCUGCCAGAUUCGACUUUGCGUGCCACGUGCUGUUCGAUUCGUUCUUCUUCUUCUUCUUCUUCUUCUUCUUCUUCUUUUUCUUUUUCUUCUCCCUCUAAGAGGAGAAGGAGUUGAAGGUGAAGGGGAGGAAAAAUGCAAAGGAGUGUGAAAUUGGAGUGAAAGACCAGCGAGUGACUGACUGACUGGUGGUGGUGGUGGUGGUGGUGGUGGUGUAUAUACGCUGGAAAACAAGGGUCGAAGGAAAGGAGGAUUUCGCGAGGAAGGAGACGGCCAGGGAGAGAUGCAGUGGCGUCGACAGCGAAAGGUUAUCCACGUGAUCGGCUCCUCCAAACACGUUCUACUUUUAGCGAGGUACCAAGACGCUCCACCCGGCGAGGAGGACGAAGAAGAGGGAUUGCGAAACGGUUACGCGAAGAGACAGGAAAAUGACACGCACAGUUUCACCAGUAGGUUCGGACAGAGCGGGUACAAACCGCUCAGAGCCGGAAGUAGCAACGGUGGAGCUUACGCUGGUGCCACAGCUCGGCACAAGGACUAUUCGUCCGGCUCAACGUCCCAACCCAAGAUUAUCUUCAACGAGGAUGAGUACACGAGGAUCACGACACCGAGGCAGGAUAUGCUGUUCAAAAAGGGUUAUCUGUCGAAGAAGAAGCCGUGGACUGGGAACGCGAACACCAGCGCGACAUCCUCGACCACCGAGAGCCAAUCGGCGUCGCAUUCCACCGCAGGUAGAGAUGGCAGUGAAACGACAGAGGAUCAACAGCUAUUAGACAGGGACUGCGGUACCGGUGAGUAUGUGCCGGUGAUGGACUCGAACACGCAGUUAGGAUAUGGGACGUUUUACGACCACGUGGGUGGUUACUAUUACGAGUAUCCUGUGAUGCUGGUCGGUCCUGCUCCGAUGACAGCGCAGGUUGCGCCCAGCGUCCUGGCGGCCAUGCCUUGUGCACCGGUACCUCUUAGGCCGAUCGAGUGGGUCAAUUCGACGAUCGUACCCAAACUGCCUGGUGAACCCUACUGUAUCAUGAAUUACGAGAACAAUCAAUGUAUGGAAGAGAAUACGACGGUGGUAGUGGAAGAGCAAGAGGAUACGAUUCCACCAAUUGAGAGUACCAGCAGAAUGUGGAACGAGAAUGGGACAAGGAGCAUCAAUUACGGUGGUAGCGUAGGUGGGGAAAUGGACGACGAGCAAUCUGUAUCUUUUAUCAAUGCGAAGGAAGAACAACAGGUCGGCGAACAAGAGGAGGAAAGGCUGGAGGAACAAUACGAGGACGAACAACAGCCGGAAGAACAGCCUUUGGAGAACGGGAUGAACGGUGGUGCCUACUUUGAUCCGAUGAUGAUACAGGAUCCGGUACACGUUUCGAACGUGAUACCAACGGUUCCUCAGCCUUACAUGUAUCCCGGCCACUACAUGUUUGGUCCUCCUUUGGUCAACAUAAAUGGUGUAACGGUACAGGGCGGGCUAAUGAUCAGAACUACGGACUUUGCCACCAUGUCAGCGGCCAUGUCAGCGGCCUGCGCCAAGCGAAAGAAGAAAAAAAAGAGAAGGAGGCAGAGAAGAUUUACCACGGGUAACACGGAAGACGAGGAGGAAGGAGAGUACAGUUCCGAGUGUGAUACCGGCCUACCGUCUUCCGAACUGCCCUGGACGGUGUGUUCAACCACGGUCACGACCACGACCACGACCACGACCACGACCAUAACCAGCAGUCGGCCGCUGAACCCCGAGUGUCAGGAGUUUCAGCUGCGACGUACCGUUGAACCACGUACCCCGUUACCCGUUGUUCCAGCAUCCGCUAACAACACACCUACGUCCGAGACCAGCUCGACGAUAAAUCAACCGAGUGCGUUAUCGUCGGAUGCUAACUUGGUAGACGACGAGUCGAACGCGGUAUGCAACGGUGUCAUAUCGGACGACUCGAAGAAUCAAAACGACGAAUUGUCUGAUAACGGCAAGUCUGACCAGCAACUAGAACCGACAUCAACUUCGUUAGGAAACAGUCGAUCGAAAUCGCUAGAUACGUUUACCAGUUCAGAUAACGAAUCGAAUAGACUGACCAACUGCCUCCCAGCGGACGAGGAGGCAGCUCCUUCGACAGACGAGGUCGUGAACGAAGCGACUGACGUCGACAAACUGCCAAGCAUUACCGAAGCAGCGAAUAACGAUUGUCCGAGUGCCAACGAGACAUGCGAGCGACCGAGCAACGAAAUGAACGGAGAGACCUUAACGAACGGAAACCUGGACUCCGACUCGAGCAGCAAGAGCGCAUCGAUGACCACGUCGAGGCCGUUGUCCCCUGUGUUUAACGAGGAAAAGACGAGAUCCGGAUCGAUCACGCCGAAGAGCGUGGAGGAUCAGAAUCACGAAUCUUUAUCGAGCAGCAAAUCAUCGUCGUCGAUUAGUCUAUCCAAGAGGAAGUACAGCGCGAAGGGUAGCAAGUUCGUGAGGGAACCGACACCUGGUCCGGACCUAAACAGCACCACGGAGCCAGAGAACGAAACGAAGAUACACGAUCUGACUCAGAAUCUGCGAAAGAUCGAUCUGUCGAACGAUACAAAGCUAGACUCCAAGUUCGAAUCUCAUGAUAACAAAGCGAUGAAAGUGGAUCCGGUGUCGAGUAAGUUCGGAACGAAGGCAGCAGCGUGCAAUCUCUUAAAUAAGGAGACUAUCGAGGCGACGAACGAAGACUCUGGCUUCGAGAGCCAGACGCAACUAUCCGAUUAUCCGAUCACGCAGGCGGUGACGGAGUGGCUACGCAAAGAGAAGUCGCCGGAUUUGUUCAUUGCGUCGGCCAUUUCGAUGGAUUGCGAGGAGGACGAGGACGAUAUGGACCAAGAGCCGUCAAAAAACUUGCAAAGCAACCCCAUACUUGCACUAUCUGCUAGUAGCGGUGCGGACAAUACGGCAUUGUCGCGCGCAGCUAUCUGCAGGGAAUUCGCAGGGCUCGGUAACAUCAAGAGUGGACAAGAGCAACAACAGCCGGAUGGUAGCAACAACAGUGGUGCUUCGAGAAGGAAGAAGGACGCGAAGAGGAGGUCGGAGGAACGGAGACGAGUGGCAAGGCACGUGGUAAUUGGCAAGGUGGACCACGAGAUGGUGUCCUCGUCAGAUUCUUGCGGCCAACAGGAGAACUUAACGAACAUCACGAGGAGGAAGAAUCUGGCUAAACAACAGCAACAGGAUGUUGUUGAUGAUAUUUGCGAAUUUACUGAGAAGGAUAGCGUUGCGGGUGUGAGGGUUGCUUCAAGUUCUCGGAUAGACUCGAAGAGAGUCAAUGCAAGGCGAACGAAAAGACAAGGGAAAUCGCACGCGCGGAAUCCCUCCGAUAAUAUCGAUGCGAAGAUUCGAUGUACAGAGGAUGUGGAUGACGAGGACGACGAUGGGAUUGUCGAGGACACGAUGAACGUGAGGACCUUCGAAAAAGGAGAGAUCAUAGUCUCGGAAGAUGGGAAGUUGUUAACGUCUUCCACGUACGAACCGAGCCCACGAAAAUGUCACGAUGCUGCCACGGCGAUCAAAGCCCCUAACAGGAGCGAAACGGGUAAACAAACGACGGAGAGGAAGAUAGAGGAGGAGCGAAAGAGGAGCGGUAGCAUCGAGGACGAAAAGAGUGGUAGCGGAAUAGAUUCCUUGGACAGCAUAGAAGAGCCUGACGUGUUAGAAUGCUGGGAAACUGAGAUCGUCGAGCCUCUGGUAACUCCCAAGAGAGUGUUACAAAGCGAGGGAAUAGUAUGCGAAGGAGAAGCUGCGGAGGACGAUACCGUCGAGGUUGAACAGGUUAUCGUGGACUACGUGCAGAAAUAUUAUCGAUUGGCACGCGAGAGCGCUACCAGCAUAGAGGAGAUCAGUUUGAAAGCAGAUCCGCCAACUUCGUCGAAAACAGUGCCAAAUAUGUCUGAGCGGAAGGAAGAGAUUCCAGCGCAGAAGGAGCCCGUUAAAGACAAAGGCGACAUGCCUAUCGACGAAGCUUUUGAAGUAUAUGAAAGCUGUUACACCGGCAACUCACCGUUUCUAGCAAUGGAUUCAAAAGUUUUUAAAUUACGAACGUUGUACGGUCAGGAAGGCGAGACUCCAAUACCAUGCAAGACGGUUUGUUGCCAGAUUCAAUAAUUUUUACCGACAGCCUCGUUUACAAACAUAAACCUCCACAGGGACAUUUUUAAGGUACCGAUGUCAAGGCCGUCCUCUUCUAAGUAUCAUAAGCCUCUGACAUUGUACUCUUCGCUGAUUUAUAUAUAUAUAUAUAUAUAUCUCGCGUACACGUUUUCACGAAGAACGUGUGUAUCCAUCGUACUGUCGUUAUAUUUUUCAUUAAUAUUAAUAUUAUUAUUAUUAUUAUUAUUAUUAUUAUUAUUAUUAUUAUUAAUAUGCGUUCGGUAGUUGCGUCGAGGGAACUAUCGAAAGAUAAGAGAUACGAAAGGAAAUUAACCCUGUGGAUCGACAUCGAGUGCGCAAGUUUGUCGAAAGUUAGAGGCAUGCUCAAAGGCAACGGAUAAUAAUAUAAUGAAAAGCCUACGUAUCGCUAUUCAUUUUUGUAAAUAGCUUUUAAGAGGUCGCUCUCGCAAAUCGUGUUUCAUGGAUGAUUUUCGUUGAGAUGUUAUAUGCAUGAGAGAGCGUAUAUUACUUAUACAUAUGAUACUGUUGACAUUAUCGUCAAUACGUAAAUCGGUGCACAUAUUCUUUUUUUUCCUUUCUUUCUCAUGCUCAUUCUCUUCUUCAUUUCUCAUCUUCUUUUCUUCUGUUCUUUAAAUUUUACCAAAUGAAGAGGUUCGUUAUACAAUACGAUAUAUCGUUUAAAAGAAAUCGAGCUUAUUGAAAUUCAAAGAAUAUAAUCGCUGCUUUGGAUUGUAUAAAUGCAAUGAACUGUCAAGUCUGAAAUCUACGAAAUAGAGAAAACAAGCAUACGGCAACAACAGAAAUAUGAUCAAAACAUACUACGUUACAUCGUUGUUUCUGUUCUCGGUCUAAUACUUUAUAGAUAUUACGCACCCGCGCGCGCGCACACACACACACACACACACACACACAAACACAUACACACAGCAAGUAUAUUACAUCAAAAUGACUAAGGCAUAUUUUUUACAAAACUAAUUCCGUAAAAUUUAAAACGUAAGUUUUAAAGGACGAAAACUUAAAAAAAAAGAAAAAGAAGCACACUAGUAUAUCGUUCCACGCACCACGUAGCCUUAAAUAGCCUUUCGCAUAGGAAAGUUACAGCUGCUUCUAAAACCAUGAUGUGCACCGAUCGUUUCGAAAGAUUCCUAAGUGAGCAGAAGUCGUACUACCCUUUGGGGGAUUCAAGGACGAUUCAGUAAUCGAGCUACGCUUUACGUAAAUAUUACGACAGUCAUACAGAAUACAGUAAUAACGAGCUAAGCAAAGGAUAUAGUUGUUCAAGAGGAAAUGAAUUGGUAAAAGAAGGAAACUAUUUAACUGUACGAGGCUGUAGCUGUUACGAGGUAAUGUAAGAUGUAUAUAGAUAAACUUAACGAGAAGAAUUAUUAAACUCUAUUGGUUUUCAUUGAACGGGUAAAAGAAAUAUAAGGUGGAGCAUGUUGUUUCGUAAUAGAUAUUUUGAAUUUGAAAUAGAACAGAUUUUACUCAUACACAUAAAUGUACACGGUACAGAAAUUGCACUUGUUACGACAUAGUUCAUGCUUUAGUUGAGUUGUGUCAAGUAGAUCGAAUACCUCAGUUUGCAUAUUAUGUAAGUUGUUCGAUAGACGUGGUUCGUGAAAAAAUCAUAUAUAUACAUAUAUAUAUAUAUAUAUAUACACACACACACCCCAUAUCAUAAGAUACCUGUAUAUACAAAACUACUCAUCAUCCAGUCAUUAUUAGUAACACCAAGUAUGAUAAUAAUAAUAUUAAUUAUUAAUAAUACUGAUAAUAAUAAUAAUAAAACUAUUAUCACAACAGCAAUAUAGGCACAAUAGUUCCUGCGAAGCUUUAGAUUCCAUAGGCAUUAUAUACGUAAACACAAUAUCCAGGAAGAUCCAUACACUGAUAGAAAUUCAUUGACAUCCAGUGGCACUUAAAGAUAGAUAUAUCGCUAUAUUAAAUACGCGUUGCAUCAAUUGUGUGCCUUAUUCCGCGGCUAUCAUUUUUGUAAGCAUUUCACAGUAUUCUCUUCGACGAGAGGGUAACGGCUAUCGAGUGAUUUAUGUAACAGAUAAAAUUUUGUGAAAUCGUAAAAUGACGAUGCGGAGCUGUUGUUAAGUUCCAUAACAAUUAUGACGAUGCUGAUGAUGAUGAUGAUGAUCCUUUUAUCUAGGCAUGCAUACAAAACGGAUAUAUUGAUUUUUUCAUACAUCAACUAAAACAUGUUCAUCGAGUAUUUACAACUGAUGUGCAUACAUUCAUAAGCAUGAAAGCAUUAACAUUGCAUCUUACACGAGACAUGUUAUCGCAUACUUACAUUUUAGGCGAAUUAAAGCAAGCGUGUAAGGAACAAAUGUACUUGAAUUUUGCUGUUUGUUUUCGCUUAAAAAAUAAUGAAUAAAAUGUUUCAAUUAA